UGAAUCAGAUCAUAAGGAGUAUUGAACAGGUUUUAGAAUUUGGGAGAAUUAUCUUCUCACAAAAUAGAUCUACGGUCUUAAGAGUGUGUUUCAUCUCAAGCUGACCAUGGCCAACCAUGUAUUUCUAUGCUUGUGCGUAGUCCAUACUAUAUGUCGAAGCAUAUUCGCUACGGCGAGAAAGCCGAAAAGAAACGAAGAGGAGCAUAGAAAGGAGUGUACAGCGUGCAACGUCCUGCAACAAUUUUAGAAAAAAAAUUCGCAUGGGAAACUGUCAUAGAACUCCGAAAAAACGUUUUGCAUGUUCCAACACACCUACUGUUUUGUUAUCACUGGAACAGUUAAUUCAUAAUUGCAUCAUCAUGGAAACCAGUGAUGGUAAUCUACCUUAUAUCCUGCAAGGCUGUAUUUUUUAUCUAUUGGGUCUAAACUGGUGCUAUGAACACGCAAAGCAACAGGUCAUCCCAAAACAAGAACGUAAAGGAUCAAGGAAAAAUUGCAGCCAAUUUGUGACAAAUCAUUCUGCAGAAGGAAUCUUACAGUGACUGGAAUAGGAAGAAGCUUCAACGCAGAUUGAAAUGUCGUCAGACCGUUCUUGAGCAUUAUUAGAAAGACACUCGCAAGGGAAACAAUUGUUCAUAGAACUUCGAAAAACAAGCUUUGCCUGUUCAAGUACAUCUUCUACAGUUGUGUUAUUAUUGGAAUUUGCAUCAUAAUGGAAUUUUUGGGUGCUGAUCUACUGUAUAUCCUGCAAGGCUUUAUCUUUUAUGCAUUUGGUCUAAAGUGGUGCUAUGAGUAUGCAAAACCACAAAUCAUUCCGGAACAACAAGAACAAUAUGAUGCUGGAAAGAUUGUCGGAUUAAGAAAAAAGUGCUGCACAUUUCUAAGAAGUGUUCCUCUAGAAGGAAUCUUGAAGUUAACAGCUACUGCGAUAGGACUGGCAGGUACCCUCACAACUCAUAUGAUAGAUUUUGGAGCAAUAUCCCCUAAAGUUGCUAACUCAACAAUUUACUUGUUCUUUGCAUUUUCUGGCCUAAUCGAUGUCCUUAAUUUUUAUUUUCCUUACAAUGUUGGAAAUGGUCUUGUUAAAAUGGGUUUGGUACAAAGUUUCUUUGUCGAGGGUUUCCUGUUCAUGUUGAACAAUAUUGGGCAUGAUUUUAUUAUCAAUAUCUUCAUUGCUGCUACUGCCUGGAUGACAUCAAUUGCAGUUACAUUAGAACUUGUUUGGCCAGAAGCAAAACUUUUGAGAGCUACUAUGACCUUGCUUCAAGGAACAUGGACCAUUCAUAUGGUUCGUGCUUCUUAUUUUGAAAUUGUUCCCGAAGUAGCUCUUGUUUUUACAUGGCAUUUAGCAGCUGCGUUUGCUGUUAUUUUAUGUGUCGUAGCUGUGACAAGAAGUUGUACAUCCAGGAUGCGAUUUUCAAAUCCUCCUGAAAUACCUGUUUGUAAUUAUCAAGAAUAUUGUGAUAAGAUUUAAUUAUUGCAGAAUAACAUCAAUGAUCUGUUAUUGAUUACAUAACAUUAUCAUUCUCAACCAAAAUAACUUUAUAAUACCUAUAUACAUAUACACACUUUGCUUUACAAACAUAAUGUAUUCACUAAGGAUGCAUAUUUAAUUUUAGUGCCUUAUGAUAUUAUCAAGAUAAUCUUUAGAAAGUAUAUGAUAUAUAACUCCAAUUCUUUCAAGUUGGUGGCUUAUAUUAAUUAAUUUUUUAUAAAUACUACAUGAAGACAAGUUACAGUUAACAAAAUAUUUCUUUGUUCACUGUAUUAAAUAAACAUUUUCUAUUUGUCUUAAAA